AUGGCGCUUCGCAUAUUUCGCAUUCCGCGCCCUCAGCGCUUUUUGUGCGUCCUAAGCUUACAGACGGGUGCUUCGCUCAUCACGUUGUCAUUGCUUCUCAACAAAAUCAGCGGCCUAUAUGGAUUGCUCGCUCUUUUAACUGGCUACCACCUCUCACCGAUUCAACUUUCUAUGUACAUGUACUCACUAGCCGCCCUCGCCCUCGCCGUGCUUCUUUUCCCUCAUAUCAGAAAACAAACACCUCUCCAUUGUCUGGGUCUCGCGUGGCUUUACUUCUUCGACACCGUUAUCAACGCCGCAUAUACAGCUGCAUUCGGUGUGACGUGGUUUUUGGUUGUGUCUCAACAUACUCAUAAUGCGCCCACUACGUCGGGUCCUGGUUCAACGAUUGAUGAUACGUCCGGCUUUACGAGCCCGAAAUACAAUGUCUCGUCGGUGCAUAUCCCUGGCCCCGGAGACGACUCGGGAAUCACAGCAGACCCAGCCGCCUCGCCGGCUGGUAUGGCUGCUGGCGCUCCGACCGGCACUCCCAGUCUCGGUGAUGGGAUCAAGCAACCAGAGAGCCUUGAGAGCAUCAUCAUGAUUUCUAUUCUAUUGCUGAUCCGCCUCUACUUUGUCCUGGUCAUGUUUGCCUUUGCCAGGCAGACAUUGCGUCAGAAGCUCCUGAAUGCUUCCCAGCCAUCCUACAAUCAACUUCCUACGCACAGCCGUGCCACCUCAGUGGCAACGGUGGCUAGUGCGCCUGAUAUCGAUCGCGAGCCUUUCCUCCCACAUACCCCAGAAGGUCAGGGCUGGCAAGGAACAUUGGGCCGUGCCAUGAUCAGUGUCUUCAAAAAUUACUGGCUGGCCCCCGAGUCUCCAGAAGUCGAAGAUGCAAGCUGGAUGAAGGGAUUUGGCCGCAGCCUUCAUUCUCAUUCUCAUUCUCAUUCUCGCAACGACUCGUCAUUUGAGGGUCUAUCAGAGCGGGAGCGACGCCGUCGAUCUGGUACCGGUCCUCCGAAGCCAUCGCAGUCAGUUCUUCAGGCUGCAGCUUUGAUGCAGCCUAUUGGCGGCGAAGGUGGCAAUGCCGGUGUUGACCUUCAGGAUCUGAACGAGCAUAGAUGAACUGGCAUUGCCUAGACGAGAACGAUGACUUUGGAGUUUAUUUUGUCAUUUUCGUGGCGUUUGACAUAUCCUACAUCUUCUAUUCGAACAUGAUUUUUACCAUACGGGAUGAUCGUUUCAGCAUUUUACUGCAUGUACUUCAUCUUUUACUCCAACCGCUAUCGCCAUCGGAGAGAUAGUGUAUCGGGAUGACUCGAAUGGCCGGCUGGGUGAGCCGUUUAUAAUGACGCGAAACACAUUCGCAAUUCUGCAUGUUGAUGUCGGCCGGGACGGAUGGCGUGAUAGCAUGUAUAUUCCAUGCGCAGCCGGACAUUUUGUCUGGUGGCUUAGUAAAAUUGGUUAGGCGCAGACAGGUAUAUAAUGAUUUGAUUGAUUGAUUAUU